UUUUUAGAGAUACAUAUGGCUUUACCCACUCGAGGUGAGCUCAAGCCUUUUGAUAUGGACAACUUGCAAUCAAUUUCAAUGCCUUCGACAACCGGAAUCCGACAACUUACCCAAUUUGAGGAUGGAAUUGUUUCUUGCCCAGAGUACUGCCAAUCAUGUCUAUUCUGGCCCUUAGGUGCACCAGAUUGGCUUCCAUUCUCGUCCUUGAAACAACCACAUAUACAGGGGGCACUCGUAGUUCUGGGUUUGAGGCCUGUCUUAUUGGGUGGAUCCUCAAACUGGCCCAAUGCAAAUUCUCUCGACAGUGUGGAAAUGCAUAAUGGCCAUGAUUGGGUUGAUGGGCCACCCAUGUUGCACAGUAGACGAGCAUUUGGAGUUGCAUCGAUCUCUGGCAAAGGUGUGGUUGUUGUGGGCGGAUUUGACUCUAGCAGCAAUUCAAAAUUACGCAAUGUCGAAAUCAUUUAUGCUGAUCAAAUGGUGUGGCAUCCAUUGGCCGAUUAUCCAGUUGCAAUUGAAUUCACUCUUUGUGGACACGUUCGACUGAGUCACCGUGAUCACGUCUUAUGUUCUGGUGGAGGUUCUUCGGAACAGUAUCAAGCCUACACCCUCGAUUUAUCUCAACCAAAUUCGAUUUGGGAGCGCAAACGAUAUUUGGAUACACCAGAGGCUUUUAUGAGAGGAUACAUAUUUCAAUGGAAACGCUUUUUGUACAUUUUUCCAUUUCUCGGUCAUAUUCCGCAGUCCUGGUCACGGUACAACAGGGUGUAUAAAUUGGAUCUGAAGUCGGACAAUCCUAACUGGGUGAAUUUGAACCUCUUUUCCAGUGACUAUGGCAAUGAAUGAUCAGCCAUAAUUUUCAUCAAUCGGUACACUAUCGUUGAGAAAUGAGCUGCUUUUUUGACAGAGUAUUGUGGCAAUCUUUUUUUCAA